GGAAGAUAUAAAGUGUGUACACUAUAAAGUUUAAAAGGUAAUGUAAUUAAUCCAAGUUUAAUAUGGAACAUCCGUAAAAGGGGACAUAAUUAACAUAUUGAAUUGUUCUUCAUCAAAAAGCAUUAUAUAAUGCACAUCUUGCUCAAUGUGAUAGUCACCAAAAAAUAGAUAUGAAUCUCAAAUUCGUUUCAACCUUUUUUGGCAUCUUCAUAUUGCUUCAUUCAUCAAAAACUACUUUUGCUGAACAUUUUACUAAUCAAAAUGAUUUAGAAACUUACAUUGUGCAGCUUGCGUUGCCUGAUGAUUUUGUAUUCUCUGAUUCAAAAGAUUUUUACCUCUGGCAUCAGUCAUUUUUGCCAACAAAUAUUUCUGAUCAUUCAUCGCGCAUUAUUUAUUCUUAUAGUCAGGUGCUUAACGGGUUUGCUGCAUGGUUGUCACCAGAUGAAGUGAAGGUGAUGGAAACAAAACUAGGAUUUGUAUCUGCGCGUCCUCAAAGGGUGCUGCAGCUGCAUACCACACACAGUCCUAGUUUCCUUGGCCUGCACCAGAAUGUUGGCUUGUGGAAAGCCUCAAAUUCGGGUAAAGGUGUGAUUAUUGGUAUGCUUGAUUCUGGAAUAACUCCACAACAUCCUUCAUUCAACGACAACGGGAUGCCUCCUCCGCCUGCCAAAUGGAAAGGCAAAUGUGAGUUACAUUUCAAAGCUUGUAACAAAAAGCUUAUUGGAGCACGAAACUUUGUGAAGACGGCUAAGUCACCUUUGGAUGGAGAUGGACACGGGACCCAUACUUCAAGCACAGCUGCUGGCAACUUUGUGGAUGGUGCCAAUUGGCGUGGUAAUGCCAAUGGCACUGCUGCUGGCAUUGCACCCCGUGCUCAUUUGGCCAUUUACAAAGUCUGUGAUGAUAAUAGCGAUUGUGAGGAAGUUUAUAUCUUAGCAGGUUAUGAUGCUGCCAUUGAAGACGGGGUGGAUGUAAUUUCCAUUUCCAUUGGAGAAGAGGCUAGACUCCUCUAUGAAGAAAUCAUAGCAAUUGGAGCCUAUAGCGCCAUUGAGAAGGGGAUUUUCGUUAGUUGCUCAGCAGGAAAUAGCGGACCAUUUAGUGCUACUAUAGAGAAUGGAUCUCCAUGGAUUCUAACUGUUGGCGCUAGUACAACGGACAGAAAGAUUAGUGCUGUAGCAGUUUUGGGUAAUGGAGCUAAAUAUGAGGGCCAAUCGGCCUUUCAGUCAGCAAAAAUUUCAAGAAAAUUAUUGCCCCUCAUAAAUGGCGGUAAUUGUGAGACAUUGGCUAGAAUUGUUGUCAGGGGUAAAAUAGUGUUGUGUGAAACCAAGGGUAACUUGUCUGAAACAGACAAAGGACAAGCAGUGGAAAAAGCUGGUGGCGCUGCCAUGAUUCUCAGGAACGAAAAAGACCGUGGCGAUACAACAUAUGCAGACCUUCAUGUCGUUCCUGCAACACAUAUCAGUUAUAUUGAUGGACUAAAGAUCAUAAAAUACAUAAAUUCAACAUCAGCCCCUGUUGCAACAAUAUCAUUCAAGGGAACGAGAUUUGGAGACGAGCACGCUUCAGAAGUUGCAUUCUUCUCUUCUAGGGGACCAAAUACAAUAAGUUCAGGCAUAUUAAAGCCUGACAUCAUUGGCCCUGGGGUGAAUAUCCUUGCGGGAUGGAUAGAAACAGCUGAAGGGGUGAUGCCGUCUGUUAAAUCAUUCAACAUGGAUUCUGGCACGUCUAUGGCUUGCCCUCACCUUGCAGGAGUAGCAGCCUUGUUAAAGAGUGCACAUCCCGAUUGGUCUCCAGCUGCAAUUAAGUCUGCAAUCAUGACGACUGCUGAUUUUGUCAACCUUGGCAACAAUCCCAUUCAGGAUGAAAAACUCAACCCUGCUGAUCUAUUUACAAUUGGAUCAGGCCAUGUAAAUCCAUCGAAGGCAAAUGAUCCUGGCCUAAUUUAUGACAUCCAACCCCAAGAUUAUGUGCCUUACUUAUGUGGCUUAAACUACACUGAUCAACAAGUCACUACCGUUGUGAAAAGGAAGGUUCAUUGCACAUCAAGGAUAGCUGAAGCAGAAUUGAAUUAUCCUUCAUUUUCAAUCAAUCUUGGAUCAGGUGCUCAAACAUACACGAGGACCGUGACUAAUGUUGGUGAGGCUAGUUCGAUUUACACAGUUCAAGUAAUUGGAGUUGAAGGUGUCGCGUUGAGUAUUAAGCCUAGAAUCUUGAAAUUCUCAACUUUGAACCAAAAGUUGUCCUAUCAAGUCACAUUUAAGCGAUCAACUUCAACAAAUUCUUCACAAGGAUACAUAAAAUGGUCUUCAGCCAAGUACUCUGUUAGAAGUCCAAUAUCAGUUUUCAGAUCGGGAAAGUAAAGAUGAUGAGAUUGGAAUAUAUUAGCCAUGACUUUCUCAUUGUUUCCUACAUAGAUUGUGAAUAAAUAUUUGUUCAUUAACUUUAAUUUCUCUUUUUGCCUCAAAACUUUUAAUGGCAUG